AAUUCCCAGUAGAUUGCUAUUCGUCGAGAGAUACACACCUAUUUGAUUUUUAGCUAAAAAGUGUAUAAACUUUUACGACUCCUUUAUACACAAUCUUUUUUUUUAUUUAUGUGACAUGUUUUGUGAUUUUCUUUAUGUGUAUAUAAGGUAAUAAUAAAUGCAGUGUACUAUAAUAAUAAAUAUGGAUUAAACCGUACCGCAUUUGUUAUUGAAAUUGGAAGAAAAAAAAACUAAAUUAAAAAAAAUGUGAACUCGCAGUUAUGGAACGUGAUGGCAACGGAGACGAGAGUUUUGAUAUUUUAUUAAUUCCAUCACGGGAUACGUUUAUAAAUGGAAGUGAAUAUUUGGACUUGCUUUGUUUUAAUUCAGUUGCCAUUGAUAUUUGUAGUGAAAGGAGAAAACGCGGCAAAAAGUACCCAACAACACACAGAUGACAGCAAGGAUGACACUCAAACUAAAGAUUAUGAACAUAAACCUUUAGAAUUCUUAAUAAAUCGCAAUAAAAAUGAAGCAACAGACUACUUGUUACCACCCGUUUUUAAUGAUCACGAGGAAAACGAAGAUGACGAAGAAGAGGAAAGCACUUAUUUAGAUUAUUAUGACCCUAAAGAUUCAAAUUAUAAAGACUCUCCUGAUUUAGCGACAGUAACAAGUAAUGUAAAUAAAGAGAAUCUACCAUUAGAUGAUAAAAUACCCGUGCACACAGCGAAGGACAACUUGCCAAUAUUUUUAUUGGAGCCAGAGAAUACAUAUGUUUUUAAAAAUAAACCAGCAACGUUGCAAUGUCAUGCUGCAAAUGCUUUAGAAGUUUAUUUCAAAUGCAACGGCGUGAAAACUCAACCUGAUCAAUUUAUAUUUGUUGAUCCACAAUCCGGAGUAAGAGUGAUCGAAGUGGAGCAUAAAGUGACCAGAGAGAAUGUUGAGGAGUACUUCGGAAGUGAGAAGUACCAAUGUUCUUGUUUCGCAUGGACCAGUAGAGGACAUAUUAGAAGUCAGUCAGCCACCAUCGAGCUUGCUUAUAUAAAGAAGCACUUCACUUUGGCCCCUGAAACGCAGCUGGUCAAGCAGUACAUGCCAGCUACCUUCCGAUGUGAACCUCCACCUGCUGCACCAUUUGCUCAACUGUAUUGGCUUAAAAACGGUGCUCCUGUGGUGGCUGAUGAUAAUGUGCAGAUUUCGAAAGAGGGUGAUCUGCUUAUCAAGCGGGUGUCUUUGUUGGAUAUGGCAAAUUACACGUGUGUGGCAGAAAAUUUAGCAGGAAAAAGAAUAUCGGAACCAGCUCAAUUAAAAGUUGUUGUAAACGGAGGUUGGACUACAUGGUCGGCAUGGAGUGACUGCUUCUGCAAUUACGAGAAUCGGGAGAGGCGCUCCGGGAGACGACGGGAGAGGUCUUGUACUGCACCACCUCCUCUUCACGGUGGGCAACCAUGUAUGGGCCCCGAUGAACAGAAGACUCAGGAUUGUUUGGAUUGUGAUUUAGAUUUGUAUGUCGACGGUAUAGAUGGAUUAGCUGACGACUCCUCGAGCAUUUUAUUAGGCACAGAUCGUUGGUCGCAAUGGUCCGAAUGGUCGCCGUGUGACUCCGACUGCCUCCAAAGUAGACGACGACACUGCCUUAGUGUUACAAGGAAACCUUGCACUGGUGUUGACCACCAACUUGCUCAGUGUCCACUCUGUGUCAGGACUUCCAAGUCUGCGCUCAUCAAUGAUGGAUCAUCAUAUUGGCCACUUCUAAUAGCUUUGUCAAUUGCAUUUCUUAUAUUUGUUGUUAGUGUUAUAUUGGGAAUCAAAUAUAUGAAGAUAAAGAUGACUGAAAAUUCACCGUAUGUUAAACCUCCUUCAGGUACAAAUUAUUUUGGAAAUGUGAUAAAAAGGACGUUAACAAAUCAACCAGAUUUAACUAUACACGAGGAGUUUCACACAAUUGAUUCGAGACGGACCCACAGACAUAUGAGCACGUCCACUAAUACACGCAACGAACAUCUGUAUGAAGUACCACAAUUGGCUAACAGCUACAUCUCCCCAAUCGACCACGAGGUAAGGCCCGAGCGCCGCAGCGAACUUGAUCGGUUCGCUUGCAAGGACGCCAUCGAGUCAGACCGAUCUGACUCUAGUUGCUUUAUGAGCUCGGGGUCGUCAUAUGGCAAUGAAAGUGUAGAUAUGACACAAUCGUUAAGAAACAAUGCAUCAGUCGAUUCAAAAUUCGUAAACCCCAAGCAUAUUGAAACUGCCACUUCUAGAAUAAUAUCGAGCGAGGGUGGGUUGUUAAAUCUGGACAAAUGCGGUGUAAGCCUAUUCGUGCCAGACGGGGUCGUGGAUAAAAGUGAAGAGUUAUUCUCUAUAGAGGUCACAGACGAAGAUUGGAAUAGGCCGACGUUGCAGCAAGGUGAAACACAGCUAAGCCCGGUCGUGCGAUGCGGACCGAAGAACUUUCAUUUCGGAAAGGGGGUGGUCCUCUCCUUCCCACAUUGCGCUUCCCUGAAGAACAGCAGUUGGUUACUAUCGAUUCUGCAGAAACCCGAUGAGAUCAACUCGACUGAAUGGCGGAAAGUUUUAACUCUCGGCCAAGAAACACCCGGGACCCCGUUGUUUGCCCAAGUCGACCCCGCCAAAGUUUACCUCGUAUGUGAGUUCCUGAGCGACUUUGUUUUAGUCGGCCGAAGUUUCACCAGUCUAGACGCCAAGUUAUUAAAGAUUGCUCUAUUCAUCUCCAAAAGAAUGGACGAUAAUUAUUAUAGUUUGAAGGUUCAUGUGUUCAACGAUACGCCUCACGCCGAGUACGAUUGUUUGGAAGAUGAACGGAGGGUGGGAUGUACUCUGCUUGCCGAACCGAAAGUAGUUUGUUUCCAGGAGAGUUGUUCUGAUUUAUGCUUCAAUAUUAGGGAUGUGGGGGAGGGAUGGAAAAUACAUUCGGGUGGUAAGUAUCAGGAAUUACCAUAUUCGGAUAUUUGGAAUAUGGGUGUUAGAUCACUGCAUUGUAUAUACGUUCUGCAACAAACAGACUGUAUUAACCGUUUGGAGUUGAACAUGUCUGUUUAUCAAAAACAAAAGCAAUCAAACUCUGUUAAUUUCAAUCUGAAAACGAAUGAUUUGAAUUCGAAUUCAUGUAAUAAGCGUUUUAGUUGUUCGAGCGUGGAAAUGAAUUGUACCGUUAAUAUUCUUGAAAACCCUUUCAAUUACUCGUCGCUGUCUAAAAAUGAGGGCCGUUAUAAUUUCGUGUUCAAAAACGAUGCUGUUUACAGGAGUAACUUUAGCACUGACAAUAAUUAUAAAACAAAUGUACUGACUAAAUCUGAUAGGGUAAUACUAUGCAAAUUAUUAGAUUCUCAGUCGUCCAAAGGCAACGAUUGGCGGUUAUUUGCCGAGAAAUUGAAAUUGGAUUCAUAUUAUUACUAUUUUUCUAACACGUGCUCACCGACAGAGAAUAUUUUGAAUCUAUGGUUGUGUCGUAACAACGAUGUGAAUAUGUUGGUUAAUCUGUCUAGAAUAUUUAGAGAAAUGUCUAGAAUCGACUGUGCUACCGUCGUGGAACGGAGAUGUUGUACGAAUUGAGUUAUUGUUCUAUUUUUUUUAAGAUAACUUUACGGCUUUGGAGUUAUGCAAUAGUGAUGUUCCAUAAGUUCAGUGUGGGUGGCAAAUCUGGUCACUACAACUAUAGAAAAUAUAUAUAACAUGUUAUUUAUCAAUAUCAACUAUAAUAGAUUUACUUUUACAUUAUGCUUAUAAUUCAAUAUGAUGUUUUAAGUAAAAACUGCCAAAAUAUCAGUUGUACCACGCUACAAUACGCAGAAUGUAAGUUAAUAAGCGUGUAAUUGUAAGAAAUUGCAAUCAUCAACAUUGUAAAAAAUUUCAAUUUUAUUUUGUUCAUUUUAGUACGAAUACCUUUCUGCCUUUAUAGGUUUAAAAAUCUUUGGUGAGUUGUACCUAAUGUUUACGUUCAGUAAUAUUAGUUAAAUACCUAUGUACAGUGUCCGACCUAGUAACUUUGCCGUUUGGGGCAAAAAUAUUAUUUUCUUCUAUUUUUAACUGUCAGAUGCACUCAGUUUUGCUACACCUUAUCAUUGCUCUUUUGUGUAUUUGCCCGACUUGUUCCCCUGGAUCGGGCCCUGUCUCUAUAUAUUUACACAUAGUAAUUUAUAAUGUAAGAAAUAUAUAAUGCGUUUUCAAUACUAGGACUUGAUCACGUGUUUUUAAAUAUAUAUGUUUGCCUAUUUCUAGUAUGUUUCUAUCAGUAUGAAGUGCUUAAAGGUUUAUAGAGUAUGUUUCGGAAACAUUAGUUGUAUAUAAUUAUAUAACAGAUGUAUUGUUUAGAUAAGAGAAUCUAUAUUAAGGUAGCGAUUAUAAACUUUUUAAUUAAACUAACAUUUGGAGUCGAGGUGUUUUUAAUUUACUCCU